GUUUACUCGAUAUACAAGAAUUAAAAUGUUUUAAUUGCAAUGCUUACAAAAUCCAGGAAUUUAUGAUCUAUAAUUCAAGCAAUCUACAAUAAAUAAAAAAAAAAUAACUUGUCACUAAAAAUAAAUACUAUAUGACAAUGCAUUAUCGUCAAAUGAUAAAUUCCUCCCAUAAAUCAAUCAUAUAAUCAGCUUCUUUGCCUAUAUAUAAAUGAGAGAAGAUUCAACGUCGACAAAAAAAGUUUUGAUUACAAACCAAAAAUGUCCAAUAAAAUUCAAAUUAAUUCAUUAAAAUUGCAAAUUAAUAAUAAAACAAGUUACAAUUUUUCUUGUGAUAAAAUUUUAAAAAUUUUAUCUAAAGGUGAAAUUAAAUUAUUGUACGAAGAAAUAUUUCGUGAACGACCGGAAAUUAUUGAAUAUUCAAUACAACCGUUUUGUGAUGAGAAACUUGGUUUUCUUGGUUCACAUCUAAAACUUGAAUUAAUUGGAAGAACAAAAAAAUCUCAACAAAUCAAGAAACAAUCAUUUUUCAUGAAGAUCAUUCCAUAUCAACUACCAUCGCAGGCAAAUUUUAUUCAGGAAAGUCAAAUUUUUGCUAAAGAAAUAAUUUUUUUCGAAAACAUUGUUCCCGAAUUGAAUAGAAAUUAUUUUGGUGAAAAAUGGUCACCAAUAUGUUAUUUAAUAAAAGAUGAUGCUCUUAUUUUUGAAAAUUUAAAAGAAAAAGGUUUUCAAAUGAUACCAGAUAAAAUUUUUGACAAAGAAUUAAUGACCUCUGCUUUAACAUCAAUUGCACAUUUACAUGCAGCCUCAAUAAUUGCUGAAAAUCGAUUAAAACAAUCGUUUAACAUAAUAUUCCCAGAAGCUUUUGAAGAAAAUCCAUUUGACAAUUCUGUAAAACGUUUACAAUGGUUUCAAACUGCAAUUGAUUUUACAAUAUAUCUCGCCGAUAAAUUGAAUUUAAAAACAGAAAAUAUUUUUCAUGCUUGUAGAAAAUCAUGUGACGGUUUUAAACCAUCAUUAACGAAACGUAAUGUCAUUAGUCAUGGCGAUUUAUGGGGUAAUAAUUUAUUAUUCAAUGAAACAAAGAAUAAAUGUGUUCUCGUUGAUUUUCAAUUAUUACGAUAUUCAUCACUUGCACAUGAUGUCACUCAACUUUUCUAUUUAUGCACAACACGUGAAUUUCGUCAAAAAUAUGAAGAAGAAUUGAUAAAACAUUAUUUUACAGUAUUGACAUGUGCCUUACUUGAAAAUAAUGCCGAGACUGAAAUUCCCACGUGGAAAGAAAUUAACGAUGGAGUCGAAGAGCAAAGACUAUGUGGAAUUGUGACAGCAGCAAUAUUCUUUCCAACUGUAUUAAUGGAUGGUAAAAGUGGUGCUGAAAUUUUUGACAAUCCAGAAAAUUAUGAUAAAUAUGUAUUUCACGAUCGAAAAGAAUUUGUAUUUUCAAUAAUGCAAAAAGAUCCCCAUUAUGCACGAAGAAUCAAAGAAGUUGUUGAGGAACUUGUUGAAUUUGCCGAAAAACUGGAAUAUCUUCCGCAUCCAUCUUAAAAUACAUAAAUUUUUUUUUUUCAUUCUGAAAAUUUAAUUCAACAAAUUUAAAUUGUAAUGUGUAAAAAUAAGAUAUUAAAAAAUAAUUAAAUUUAAAAAGGGAUUCAAACCAUUUUUUUCGAAACUAAAUAAAAAAAAUGAGAGAAUACCUUUUUUUAGAAAAUCACUUGAAGAAAUAAUUGUGUAAAUAUAAUUAUAUUAAAGUGUUUGAAAAUUCGUACACUAUGUAAAAAAAAAAAGAAGAGCCAACAACGUAGGCAAAAUACGAUUUUCAAAUAAAUAAGCGUAGAAUUUUAAA